AUGGGUAAAAAAGAGCCGCCAUCUAUAUCAAACCCCUCGUCCUAUCGGUUUGUUACAGGUCGAUUGGGAAACAACAGCGAUAAGAAUACCCAAACUAACGGGACCGAAAACCCUGAAGAUGAUAUAGAUAACGGCCUGGACGAGCUUUCCGAGGAGGAAUGGUUCCAAAUAGGAGUCGACUUUGUCUUGUCACUGGAACGGCCAUGUCUGUCGCAUAUCUCAAGCGCACAUCACACGGGCCAUGCUGUAUCAAUGCAAGGCACACUGCUACAACUUGCGCCCCCAACCAUCGACAGCGAUUCACGAUGGCAGGUUUCAGCGGAAGUCUUUCAAAGGCUCUUUGAGAUGGCGGACAGGCUUGACUUGGAUGGGUACAUUACGCCCGUCCAGGCGUGGAACAGGAUAAGGGACCAUAAGAACUUUCCACGGUUGACGCGUGAGAGAUUGAAAACGCUGGAAAAUGCCAUGAGGCCUAAUAUUAAGUGUCAGGAAUUCGCAGCAAUUAUGGAGGAAGCGAUCUUCGAGAUAUUGCUGAACAAAGCCCUUGUUCCUUGA